AUGUCACAUUACAACAGAGAAGGACUCUUCAACCCUGCGUACCAUGAUAGUGAAACUCUGGAAAUCGACAGGAGGUACCCCUGGGACCACGGGGAAGAGAACUGGAGGGCCACAGACAACAUGGCGAUGGGCUUCCUUCCCCACCCGAAUGGAGGCCUAAGCUGGCAGCAUGACCAGGAUGAGUCACUGCGACAGAGAGGAACAAGGAGAAUGAGCCUGUUUCCGGGUGGUGGCGUAGCCCUGGGCAGACUGGGCUUGACCGAGGAAGAUAUCAGGGAUGAGAUUGAAAGCGAGGAGCAAGACUUGGUGAAAGAAUUAGUUGCCAUGUCAUCCAGGGACCAAAUCCAAGCCAUACGAGUGCUUCAAAUGAACCUUCAAGACAAAAGAGACAUUAGGAGUCAAGUACUUGCUUGUAAAUCCUCCAAGGGGGGCGUCAAGCUGACCUGCCUUACAGACUGCAAUGAGCAAGUCUCUCGGUCCUUCCGUAGGUUUGGAGCCGGCAUGGUGUCAGCCAGACAGGCGAUGAAGUUGUGGGGGGGCACCAUGAAGGAAAUUGGGGGCAAGUUCGGCACCAGCGUCCUGUCCUAUUUCCUUUUCCUCAAGUGGCUUCUCAUGUUCAACGUUUUCUCCUUCCUGGUCAAUUUUGGCUUCAUCACUGUACCCCAGCUUGUGCAGCUGCCUAACAUAACAGGUCAAAUGGAUUUCAUGGGGCUGGAACUCCUCACUGGAGCUGGAUAUUUCAACCAGACAGUUCUGUACUAUGGUGGCUACAGUAAUGAAACAAUUGGAAAUCAACCUUCGUAUGACAUGCAGCUGGCAUACUUCUUCACUAUUGCAGCUUACCUGGUUCUGUGUGGAGUUUCUUUGAUCUACAGUAUGGCUCGAUCUUUCCAGAAGAACUAUGUGUUGUCAGCUUCUGGCAAUGCCUGGUGUCUUCUGUGCAGCUGGGACUUUAGUAUCAUCAAUGAGAAAGCCAUACGUCAGCGCCAGAACAACUUUCGCAUUCAGCUCAAGGAGUCGCUUUCGGAAAAGGGCCAGGAGAUCCACAUGACCAUGGCAGAAAAAUUGAAACAGUUUGGCAUCCACCUGGGUGCCUGGCUAAUCUCCACAGGGUUGGCAGUGGCUUCCUGUGCUGCUAUCCUCUUCCUGUCUCUGGACUAUCUUGAUGUAAGUGGCAUAGACUUCUCUAGCCUGCAAAAACAAGCUUCCACUCUUCUCCUGCCCGUUGUGGUCUCCCUCAUAAACCUCGUCAUUCCCCUGCUGUACUCCCUACUCAAGUUUGAGAAAUACUCCAACCCCCGCACAAAGAUUUAUGUCAUCAUCCUCAGGAAUGUUUUCCUGAAGAUGGGAAUACUGGGAAUUCUCUGCUACUAUUGGAUGAAAAUUGUUCCCAGUAAAAUUUCGUGCUGGGAAUCCUUUGUUGGACAAGAUUUAUACCGGCUGGUGAUCAUUGAUUUUAUCUUCUCAAUGUUUGAAACCUUCUUUGGAGAGUUUUUACGCAAUAUCAUUGGGACCAAGUGUCUGCCACAUCUGGGGGUUCCAGAGUUUGACGUCGCUCGGAAUGUCCUCAACCUGAUCUAUGCCCAGACACUGGCAUGGAUUGGGAUUUACUUCUCUCCACUACUGCCAGUCUUACAGAUGAUCAAGUUGUUCAUCAUGUUUUAUGUGAAGAAGGUGAGCCUGUAUCGGAAUUGCCAGCCCCCUCAUCGUUCUGGCAGGGCCGCACAGAUGAAGACCUUCUUCAUCGCCCUUCUGUUCGUGCCCUCCUUCGUGGGGGCACUGUCCAUGGUGGGCUACACUGUGUGGAGUCUGAAACCAUCAGAGAACUGCGGGCCCUUCCAGGGCCUCAGCACCCCUUUUCAGGCUGUGGCCCUCUGGAUGGAAAGCCUGAACAUCCAAAGCUUCCCAGCAUCCGUGUGGGCUGUUUGGAUAUACAACAAAAUGAUCAGAAGCGAACUCUUCUUCUACCUCAGCAGCCUGAUAAUCAUGGUGUUGAUAUACUUCUUCUGGCAGGUAAAAGAAGGACGCAAAAUGCUGAUCAAUCUUCUCAGGGAGCAGAUAAUAAAUGAGGGAAAAGACAAGGCCUUCCUGUUGGAGAAACUGCAGAAGCUUCAAAAAACGAAGCAGACAACGGCUUCCUCCCAACCAUCCUACAGACAAAUACCCCAGAUCAAUAACAGGUUACAGGAGAUUGAACCAGAUUAUGACCAUGAGUAUGAACGCUUACCUGCCUUGCCUCGCCCUGAAGAGGACAUCGGUCCUUCUGGACCACCCGUCAGCAGUGCCCUGAUCCAGGCCAUGCUGGCCCGGCGGCGGGCUGAGGAAGACGAGGAGGAGGGCUACUGAUGAAGAUGCCGGCCAAAGUAAAACAUUUCUGUCCAAAAAAUACACAAUUACCGGCCUGCCCCAAGACAUGAAUCCAGUUCUACCAAGAAAAACCAUCACCAGUACAAAACAAGUGGAUCCAUGUUCCCUGCACUAACAUCAUGAUUUUUAUGGUACAUAUGGUCAUGUAUUUUUUCAGACGUUGCAAGUGUCUGCGGCAUGAACUGCGGCAUAGAGUGACAUAUCUGUAAGUGACCCAGUGACCCAGUGUCACCCU